AUGACAAUUAAUCAAAAUCAGAAGCGACUAAUCAUUGUGGUUGAUGGUAAUGCAAUGUUGGUCCAAUAUUGGCCAACGAUUAUUUCAGAAUACCUUGAAAAAAUUGUCAGGAAUUUUUGUGAUAACAGUCAAGAACAGGAAAACAACACAGUUCAUGAAGUGGGGUUAGUUAUUUACACUGCCAACAAAUCAAAGAAUACUCAUGGAUCUGAUCAUAUCAAAUUCCUUGAUUGGACAAAAGAUAUGGAAACCUUUCUGGGCACUUUACCAUUUUUUGAGUUGACUGGUGAUGGCUCCGACAAGUUACUCAUGACCCAAGGACUCAUAGAAGCUAUCAUGAUGUUUAUCAGAGAUCCUAAACAUAAUGAUCAGAAGAAGCAUUGUGUCCUGGUGGCACUGUGUGAACCUAAUCCAACUAAAACCCUAAUUACUUUGCCAGUGAUAGAAGAUGGCCAAUUUCUUGGCUCAAUUGAGACCAUAAACGGUGAUAUUUUUGAUGUCAUGCAAAUAUUUGCCAUGCUUAAUAUAUCUUUUUCAGUGAUAACACCAACUGUGCAUCCAAUUUUCAGAGCCAUUUUUAAUAAGAUGGUGCAUGCUAUGCUGAUUAUUACUAUUACAGUUAAGGCAAACAACGUUGAUGAGAGAGAGAUUUAUGUCUUGGGAGGCAGAAGUGGAGAGAUAAGUGUUUUGUUGUCCAGAAACUUCAUAGAGGCACACUCAAUUCUGCAGGGUUCAACAAGCAAAAACAUCACUAAUUUUAUUGUACAAGAACCAAUAACGGUAGCAGCAAUAACCCAUGUUACACCUGAUGCCAAUAGUGUUUCAACCACUGAUCUUCCAGUUUCUGAAUGGCAAAGUUCGGCUGCUAUUGCAACAAUGAUUAUUGGAGAGCCAUCUUUAAACACUGUUAGCGCUGUAAGACUGGAUCACAAUGAGUCACAGGUUGAUGUCCCAAAUAAUGCUACAGCCACACCUCAGAUUGAGAGACAUGAAGAAGAUUAUUUUUCCUCCUCUUUCUUUAUUGAUGACAUGAUUGAUGAAUUAAUAAAGAACAAUAAUGAUGAUGAUGAAGGAAUUGAUGGUAUCUUAUCACCAACCAAUGACAUACCCAAUAGUUCUGUACCAUUGGCAGUGUUCUCCUUUGAAGACCUAUUAAACCCAAAUGAAGAAACAAUUUCUUGUUCUUCUUCUAAGACAAAGGUUUCAGGGAAAGAUUUUGAAGAAGUUGAUGAACAUGAGUUUGGACAGGCAUUGAGGAGCACCACUACUACUAAUGAUGAACAACACAAGAACAAAUCAAAAGACAAAGCUAUAAUGACUGAUGCUUCAUUAACUCAAGUUGCGGUUUCAUCAAUGGAUGUUCCCUCUAUUAAUAUUGCACCUUCUGCUAUGAUGAUGAGUGUGGGAUCAAGUAGUAGAAUGGGUGUACCUAACCCUGUUCUUAACUUUGGAAUUUCUUCAUCAUCAAAUCCUGCUCAUCAUGUUCUCGAAUCCUCUGCAGUGGCAGAGACAUCAGAAGCAAGGGAGCAAGCAGAAUUGCAUGAUACAAGUGGUGGUAUGUUGAUUCCAGGAAUAGAAGCUAUGUUUGGGAUUAACAAGAAUCACAGUUUUACUGAACCAUUAGUGAAUCAAUAUCUCUCAUCAUCAUCAUCAUCAUCACCAUAUUAUUCCUUGUUUCCUAAUUCCUCAUCACUUGGGAGUAGUAGAACUAUGCAUCAACUUGAACAAUAUCCAUCAUCUUCUUCAGCAAUAGCACCACCAAUAAUUCAUAUGGGACACACCUCGCUCCUUCAAUUUCAAGACCCAUAUCCAUCUUCAUCAUCAGCAGCAGCACUAAACCCAGACUACCACUUUCUUGGCGCUGCUAAUAAUAAUAAUGCAACAAUAAUAAUGGGAGGAAAUGACUCAUCACCAUCAAUGCUGUUUCCAUUUGAACCAUCCCCAUCAUUAGCAUCAGAAUAUGGAGGAGAAGGACCACAUAGCAUUGGAUACUUCACACAAUUGUUGCGAAAACAGCAACAACAAGCUACACAAGCUUACUAUAAUAAUCAGCAUCGCCGCCAUAUGCAUGCAGGGCCAACCACAUACCAUUUGCCUUACUCUUCUUCAAAGGAUUUCAAUCAGCUUACUGUUCAGUGGAAGACCAAGAUUUUCAUAAGCAAUUAUAUACCACAGAGGAAUAUUGAAUAUACAAAGAGAGUAUUGAAAUUGAAGUCAGAUUCUGUAUUCUUCCAUGUAUCCGAGUACAACAAUCUUGACUUAUAUAGUCUUUUAAUUGGCAGAAAAAUGUAUGCCAAGAUUGAUUUACCGUCACAAAUAUUGAUGAUAAGUCCAACAGAUAAUGUACUUUUAUACGAGGGAAUAGUUUUUCCUGGGAAUUGGGAUUUUCAAUAG